GCUGGGCCUGAUGAUCAUAUUGUGACCAAUGCAUGUACGUGUCAGUAGUUAAAGCUACAGUAACAUUCUUUCAGGUAUAUGCCUUUGCACAGCGGGAACUUGCAGAUCUUCCGCCUGAAGAGCAUGUACAUGACAGCACACCACCUCGUAAGAAGAAGAAAAAACAUCGGCUGUGGUCCAUGCACUGUCGCAAGAUUCAACUGAAAAAGGACAGUUCCUCUAAUCACGUGUACAACUACACUCCGUGCAACCACCCAGGCCAAGCUUGUGACCAGAACUGUCCCUGUGUCAUGGCGCAGAACUUUUGUGAAAAAUUCUGCCACUGCAACUCGGACUGUCAGCAACGAUUCCCAGGGUGCCGCUGCAAGGCACAGUGCAACACUAAGCAGUGUCCUUGUUACCUGGCUGUGCGAGAGUGUGACCCUGACCUGUGUCUAACUUGUGGAGCUGGUGCGUUUUCUAAAUUUGGAGUGCUCUAUCCUUGCCAGACCUAUGCAACCGAUCAGUUUGAUGUCCAAAACAUUUCCUGCAAAAAUGUGAGUGUACAGAGGGGCCUGAGAAAGCACCUGUUGCUGGCACCAUCCGAUGUUGCUGGCUGGGGGAUAUUCUUGAAGGAGACAGCUCAAAAAAAUGAAUUCAUAUCUGAGUACUGUGGAGAGAUCAUUUCACAAGAUGAAGCUGAUCGUAGAGGAAAAGUGUAUGACAAGUACAUGUGCAGCUUUCUCUUCAACCUGAACAAUGAUUUUGUUGUGGAUGCCACUCGUAAAGGCAAUAAGAUUCGGUUUGCCAACCAUUCCAUUAACCCGAACUGCUAUGCCAAAGUGAUGAUGGUGAAUGGAGACCACCGUAUUGGCAUUUUUGCAAAACGGCACAUUCAGUCUGGCGAAGAGUUGUUUUUUGACUACAGAUAUGGGCCUACUGAACAGCUCAAGUUUGUUGGCAUUGAGAGAGAACUGGAAUUCUUGUGAUUUUCACUGCGGGUUUGGUUGAUCCUUGCAUCUCUUGUGUGCUACACGCUGUGUGCUACAUAAUUGAAUUUCAUCCAAUAAAUUCACUUCUCUGCUGUU